CACGUGUAACGGCACUUCACUUUACGGCAAACCUUGGCCUUCCGUUUAUAUUUAGCAAGGCGCUUUUUUUACGUAAAACAUUAACUUUCACAUCACUGGGAGAGUGCCUGUUUUUACUUAAAUACAAUGGGAAUAGAGGAAGAAACGGACCGGACGCUCUUCAUUAGAAAUUUAGACUCAAGAGUGACGGAGGAGCUUUUGUUCGAACUGUUUUUACAGGCGGGACCUCUUAUCAAAACUAAAAUCCCCAAAGACGCGGAUGGGAAACAAAAAACAUUUGGUUUUGCAGUUUACAAACACGAAGUGUCCGUGCCGUACGCCAUGCAGCUGCUCGACGGGACACCGCUGUUUGGGAGAACUAUUCAUGUGCAGUUCAGAUCAGGUAGCAGUCAUAGCAGCAGUCCAGGUAACUCACAGAAUUCAAGCCCUGCAAACACCCCAAAUCCCCACGGCCAGAGGACCCCAAUUCAGUUCAGUUCUCCACCAUACACUCCUCCACCCCAAAUGCACAGGUCCUUUUCAUCACCUGAUAAUCUGCAGAAGCAUGUCAUGAUGAGUAACAUGAUGUGGCAGCUCCACAUGCAGCAGCUUGAGCAGUUGAAUGGUGGCUUUUCCAAACCUCCACCGAGGCAACCGCCUGCGGGUGGAAAUUCUGGCGGAGGCAGCUCAAGGCAACACAACAACAGCCCCUAUUGGAAUCACCCGCCCCACAUGAACAGUGGUGGCAGAAGCCAGCGCUAUGCGGACGAAUCAGGUUCUGGCCGUCAUCAGCAACACAGCCACAGCCGGGACAACUAUCACCACCAGAGUGACAGGAGCGGCAACCGUCACCACGACAGCAGAGGUGGAAACAGACAUCAUGAUGACAGGGGCAGCAACCGUAGCUACCAUGAUAGUAGAUGGCGACGGUAGAUACAUGCUAAGGAUUUCUGUAAAGACUUCAGUUCUUCACAAAUUUGUGGACAGCCUCCUAAAGAAGAUAAAUUCACAUGUAUACUCAGGUUGUUUGUACAUGAUCCUACCAGUUUGAAGAUUUACUAACUUUUGCCUUAGAGCCAUUUUUGUUUACUUUUAAGGCGUUUUUAAAUUUGUACAAUACUGUCAUGUGAGUUUUUGCUCACGGAUGUUGCAAAUAUUAGAAGGGAAGAACUGUAUUAUCAUGAGAGUAAGGACAAAAAAAGAAUCAGGCAUAACUGGUAGUCAUAUUUGAAAGAUAAAAAACAUGUAUUUAAAAAAAAAAGAUUUAAGAUAUUGACCAGUUUUUAUGUUAUGCAAAUAGUCAUUAAAUGGUGCUCCCAGAAUUUAAAAUUCUUCAGGUAAUUUGCAAAAAAAGAACAAAUAUCAGCUAAAGAUUUCACCAGCACCACUUGUACUGAAAUAGGGCACCAUUGUUUUUUUAUUGUUAGAUCAGUUGAACAUGCUCUUUCUAAAACUGAGCUUUGUUUUAUUUUUUUAUUCUAAGUCUGUAAGACAAACUGUUUUAAAAAUCGACAUUUUUCAUUAUUAUAAAGGUCUUUUGAUUUGAA